AUGAAGAGCCGACCAACGUGGACGCUGGGAUUCAUUCUCGGCGUGAUCCUGCUCCGUUUACGGGGCACCCUGGCGGGCAACGAGAUGUACGCCAAGAUGUUCUCCAGCCAGCAGCAUCCGUCCGAUCCCUGUUACGACGAGGACAGGCCAAGACGUUGUAUCCCGGAUUUUGUGAACGCUGCCUUCGGCGCGGCGGUCGAGGCCUCGUCGACCUGCGGCAACAGUGGACGCACCAAAUACUGCGAUGUGAUCGAACAACCAGGCGGUAGCACCGGCAUAGGUCCGUGCCAUAUUUGCGACGACAGCACGCCACGGCGACGUUUCCCCGCCAGCUAUCUGACGGACCUGAACAACCCGAGCAACGUGACCUGUUGGCGUAGCGAGCCGUUGGUCACCUCGCAGAGUUUCUCCGCACCCCCCGACAACGUGACCUUGACCCUCUCCCUCGGGAAGAAGUACGAACUGACCUACGUGAGUCUGCAAUUCUGCCCGAAAGCGGCGAAACCGGACUCGAUCGCGAUCUACAAGUCAAUGGACUAUGGGAAAACCUGGCAACCGUUCCAGUUCUAUUCGUCCCAAUGUCGUCGUGUCUACGGUCGACCGAAUCGUGCGACGAUCACCAAGGCGAACGAACAAGAGGCGAGAUGCACCGACAGCCAUCGGUACACAGGCGGCGAUAGUUUAGGACCUGUCGGCAGGAUCGCGUUCAGCACCCUCGAGGGUCGACCGUCCGCCUCGGACUUCGAUAACUCGCCUGUGCUACAGGAUUGGGUUACGGCCACCGAUGUACGUGUCGUGUUCAAUCGGCUUCAUAUGCCCCAACAGCCCCCCCAGGAGCAACAACAGCAAGUCUCGCAGCUUGGGACCGUUGACGAACGGGAUCACGGGCUGGGGCUUGGUCUCGAGGAGCUGGCGAAACGCGAGAGAGAACGGGAGGAGAGGAUGAAGAAUCAGAAGACGAGUCUGCUUAGGGGUGGAGGUGGACAAAUUGUCGAUACUUUGGCUACCCAGUUGCCCUCGGUUCAUCAGGUGAUCGCCCCCCAGGAAAUGGAAUCGAACGACGCGGUAGACAUCGAGGACAUGAGCUUCGUAGCCGCGGUGACCGUCUCCACACCGACCACCAGCACCCUGGCGAGCAAUCUCGGGACAGGCACUCUGGCACAUCACUACGCCGUCUCCGACUUCGCCGUCGGCGGCAGGUGUAAGUGCAACGGCCACGCGGCAAGGUGUAUCCCCGGCAAGGACGGCGAGCUCGCCUGCGAGUGCAGGCACAACACAGCCGGCAGGGACUGCGAGAUGUGCCGACCGUUCCACUUCGACCGACCCUGGGCACGAGCCACUGCCAGAGAUGCCAACGAAUGCAAAGGAUCAGCCCCGGAAUUCAUCGUGCUCCCGUACCAAAAUUAUUACAGUCAAAGAAGAAAACGAUGGAGGAGGAGGAGGGUGGAGGCUUAG